AUGCAGACCUAUACUUACUCUGAUAUCUUUGGACCUAUGACUCAAAACCCGGACGCUCUGCUCGAACCUCACGUUACGCAUACGCCAGUGGCAGCGCACUUUCCGCAAGCUCCAUAUAGUUUGAGCGCCGUGCAUGAUGGCGUGAUGGACCCUGGACUGGGCGCUCUGCUUGGUCCCAGUUUCCCUGCUCCCCCUUACCGUCCUGGAGUCCCAUUGGAUCUGCGUCUUGACUGUAGUGCACCCUACAUCUACUUACCGUGUGGCGGACCGUAUGAUGUCUCUUCCGCAUCGUCGGCGUCUAUCAGCCCAUCGGUCCCGGAAAGCAUCGAUCCUCAGUUCCUCGCGUCUUCAGCCUCGGCCUUCGUGAGCCAGACAUCAACGUCACCGAGUUACGGCAGUCGCAUGUCGGCAUCAACUACUCGCUUCGAUUCCCGUGGUCCAUGCUUUCAGAGCUCGACGCCGUCGAGCGAAGAGCGUGCAUCUCCCAUCGAACCCCCUGUUCGGCCUUCGAAACCACACAAGCAGCUCGACACCACCAUUAAGGCGGGGCACCAUUCACGCCAGGGCAAGACGGGAAAAUCCAUCGCCAUCAAGAGCAAAGUCCGUCAGGUCCCUCGCAGGGCUGUUCUAGACGCUCUCAGGCGCCGACCGCUCCGGGAGCGGGCAGCGAGCGCGGAUCCUCUGUGGGACGGAAAGCUGAUCUGCGAGCUUUGCGAGAAGGCAUACGAAGCGAAGAGUCUACAACGGCACCUCGAAAGCCACGGUCGGCAGAGCCUGAGGUCAACUUGGGUAUGUUGCGGAUUGCCCGACGGAAGGAAUGGUCGAGAGCAUGGCUGUGGGUAUAAGUUUCAUCAUCGUCGCGAUGCGUUAGUACGUCACCUGAAGAAGACGCGCUGCCUCGGAGAUCUCGAGGAGAUUAAGAGGCACAUCCGCGAGGCGCGAGAGGAGGGGAGGGAGGUUUAUCCGGGCGUACUCUAG